CACGUAGUCGUCGUCGGUUAGAUAUACACCAAAUCACGACUUUCCAUGGCGGAGGAAGAAAAAUCUCCGCUUCUUUCGGAUCGUAUUAAUGGAACGACCAGACUGUCGGUUGGAGGUGAGACUGACAGCGCGCAGAUGAUUCAUCCCUACAGUUUUCCAGUCACUCCCAAUCCUCAACAGACGUAUGGGUUGCUGGGCGAGGCACCACCACCGUACUCCCCGCUGGGAUCUCCUGAUGGCAGCAAUAGUCUUUUCAUCACUUGCAGAGUAUGCCAGUCUCUCAUCGGCAUAGAGGGCAAGAUGCGUCAACAUGUAGUCAAAUGUGCCGUCUGCAGAGAGGCUACUCCUAUUAAAAACGCUCCUGCUGGGAAGAAAUAUGUACGAUGUCCUUGCAACUGCCUUCUGAUCUGCAAAGUCAGUUCACAGAGGAUCGCCUGCCCUCGGCCUUACUGUAAACGCAUUAUUAAUUUAGGUCCCAUACGUCCAGGGGUAAGCAGUCCAACCCCUCAACUUAGUGGUGCCAGAGUGUCCUGUGGCCACUGUGGAAACACCUUUGUGUGGACAGACUUUACAAACCGAACCUUGGCCCGCUGUCCUCACUGCAGAAAAAUCUCAUCGAUUGGUCAGGGCUAUCCGAGGAGGCGGAGCUUGAUAUGGUUUAUCUUGUGUUUACUCUUCAAUGCUGCAACAAUAGGACUGAUUGCUGGUACAUGGUUGAAAGCACCGCAUUAUCCGAUGAUCUACACCUGCUGGGUAUUUUGCAUUCUUCUAGUUUUGAUCAGUCUGGCCAGGGCUUUACACUGGACCUGCGUGAAGAUCAGCGAGCCACUACACAACACAUAAAUGGAGACAGAACAUAAAGCACAAGAAUCAUGGCAGAACAUGUAAUGUAAAAUUAAUCUUUUACAUAAUUGUAUGAAAAAGUUUAUUCGUAUUCAGACCUCUGAUUUGAAUGAGCAAAAGUUAAAAAUAGCAAAAAAUAAUAAUAAUAGCUACACUACAGACUGCCAUAUGUUUAUAUACCUGAUGUUUACAAGGAAAUGACUUCCAAAGCAAUACUAAACAGUUCAGAUUAAUUAAUCUCUGUUGUUGUUUUUUAAAAAUAGUACGGAAAAGCAAAAUCUAUAUUAAAAUUAAUUUUAAUAAUACAUUUUAGUUUUACAAUUAAGAAAUCAGGGUUAAGCAAACAAUAAUUUUUACUUUGCCUUUUUUGCACAUUUAGAUUUUGGAGUUUCAUUAAAUUUUUCCUUUUCAUAAACUGUUUUAUCCUGGUCAGGGUAGUGGUGGGUCCAGUUCACUCUGAAAUACCUGGACAGGGCGCCAAUCCAUUGCAGGUCUUUGACCAUCCUCCCUUUAGACUGUAUGAACACUGCAUAGGCAUAAUAGCCACCCAAGCACUUAUUUCUGAAUUUAGUUAAGUAAAUGCAACGUUAAAGACUGUAUAUGUUAUGCUAACUUUAACUUGAUACAAAACCUUAAAAUACAAAACUCCAAAUAAAAAAGAUCCAAAUUUGCAAGCACCGAAGCUGAUACGUACAUAAAUGUGUGGGAUCUUAUUUUGUUUAUUUAUUUGUACAUUUUCCCCAUUUUUCUCCCAGUCGAGUAGUUUCCAUUUCACUAUUCUAACUUGUUGCUGCUUGCACCACCCUCAUUCUGGCUGGGGAGAAAUGCAAACUUGUACCAUGCAGUCACCUGCCACUUCUUUUCACCAACCAGUGGCCAAUUCCAACACAUAGAUGUAUGGUGUGUGGAGAGAAUCCCCCCACCACUAGUGUGGGUGCCUCAAUCAAGCCCAAAGUUCGCAAAUCACAGCAACAGUGAGGAGAAUCCCCAUGCUCGAUUCAUUGUCUGUUGGACACCAGGCCAGGUGAAUGCUAGCCUAUAAAAAGCAGAUCAUACUGCCUUCGCACAACCAUGGUAUUUUUAGAUGCUAGCCAUUUAGCAAAAGAGUCUUCCCUGUUUUUGUUUGUGAGCACUAAAGUUAGGGAAGUAAAAGCUGCUCAGGGUAGAUUUUAAAUGUGAUUAGCAGGUGGUUUGUAAACAAGUAAUUUUUGAUGCUGUUUUCUUUUAUGCUUUGUUUACAUUGUUCAUUCCAUUUAGAUAUUAUUUUCAUGUCAACAUCUGAGUAUUCUUACGUUUUUUAUUUUUAAAUGACCCAAUUAUUUUAAUGAUGUUUUGUUUAUCACUUGAAUCCAAGUUAAUAGUUUUUCUAAUUAUUGUCAAUGUUGUUUUAAGAGUGAUGCUUAUGAGUACUCCAGCACUAACAAUCUGAUGAUGAUCAGUGAUUAUGUAUGGUAAUGAAUGAAUAGCUUUGUAAAAAACUAAAUGUUACCAGGUUAUAUGUUUAAUAAAAAUGGUUUAAAAACUAUUAACAAACCAGUUGAAAUGUAUUAUGUUCUGUAAGCAUCUGAAGACUUAAUCUUGAAUGAUGUU